CAAUGUCAAUGCUUUUGUAUUUUCAUUUUGUUUCUCUUAGCGUUAAUGUUGGGAAAUAAAAUCAAAGAAUCGAAACGAAAUCUUUCUCAGAGCCCAUCGAAGCUUCCGAUCAUCGGAAACCUACACCAGCUUGACAGCUUCAAGAUCGUCUUGAUAUAAUCAACUCGCUCUUAGAUAUGAUACAUAUAAGCAAGAGCAUGAAGAUCACCAUUUAUCAUCCAAGUAAGCAAACAAAUCUCUCUACUUCCUCAUUCUCGAGUAUAACGUAUAUAUGUAUCUUUAAAUCUAAUGUCUUGGUUGACAUAGAAUAUUUAUCUCGCUGAAGUAGACACCAUUCAAACUCACCAUUGAUCAUUCAACGGUGGAACUCAUUAGAAACCCUAGGGUGAAGAAAAAAGCUCAAGACGAUAUCCAUGUAAGAGAACCAUUGGACUCAAAUGUGAAGAUGUGCUCGGACAAUGAUACAAGCCCAACAAUGAAGUCCACUUCGCAGAAAAAGACAAACAAGGGAGCUUCCUAGAAACAGAGUAUCAACGGUACGAAGAGGGAGACACUCCAUCUGAAGAAUCGAUUCAACGUUCUCGAAUCUUCACCUGAUGACUCACUAGAGACAGCUGGAGGAUAAGAUAUUUUACCUAUUCUAGAUUGUUCGAUCGAGUGGUCUAUAAAAUGUAAAUAUUAACCAUCUUUGUAAAUUUGUCGAAAGCAAUAAUCUUUUUCAAGUCAGUCCAAAGUUCUCUCCUUUCUUUCAUGGUAUUGGAGUCCUUGUAAACCCUAACAGGUGAAACAAUGGCCGCCACUUUUCCUUUUCCAGACAAUGUCCACGUCACCAGCUCUAUCACUCUAAAGCUGACUGACUCAAACUACCUUUUGUGGAAGACACAAUUCGAAUCUCUGUUGUCAAGUCAAAAACUCAUCGGUUUUGUCAAUAGUGCCGUCAAUGCGCCUGCUCAGACUCGCCUCGUCGUCAAUGGUGAAGUCUCCAGUGAAGUCCCAAAUCCUCAGUAUGAGUCGUGGUUCUAUACCGAUCAACUUGUUCGUUCUUGGUUGUUUGGUAUUCUGUCUGAAGAAAUCCUCGGUCAUGUUCACAAUCUCCAAACUUUGCGUGAGAUCUGAUUGUCUCUCGCAGAGAAUUUCAACAAGAGCAGUUGCCAGAGAGUUCUCCCUCCGUCGAAGUCUGCAGCUCCUGUCCAAGAGAGAAAAGGCUUUACCAACCUAUUGUCGAGAGUUUAAGGCGAUUUGUGACUCCUUGAGCUCCAUUGGGAAACCAGUUGAUGAAUCCAUGAAAAUCUUUGGUUUUCUCAAUGGACUGGGCAGAGACUACGACCCCAUCACGACAUUUAUCCAAAGUUCCCUGAGCAAGCUCCAAGCUCCAACGUUCAAUGAUGUGAUUGCUGAGGUCCAAGGAUUUGACAAAAAGUUGCAGUCGUAUGAGGACACUUCCUCACCAUCUCCACAUCUCGCCUUUAACACUGACAAAACGAACCCAUGUGCUUUGCAAUACCAACCAAACAACCGUGGGAAAGGUCGAUUCGGUCAGAACAGAGGCAGAGGUGGUUACUCAUCAAGGGGUCGAGGCUUUCCCCAGCAUCAGUCGUCCUGUUCAUCUCAGGGAGAGAGACCAGUUUGUCAAAUAUGUGGACGUAUCGGUCACACAGCUAUCAAGUGUUACAACCGAUUUGACAACAACUAUCAGAGUGAAGCCACCACUCAAGCCUUCUCCUCUCUGCGUGUAUCCGAUGAUAGUGGAAGGGAAUGGCAUCCUGACUCUGGAGCUACUGCACAUGUCACCUCCUCAACUUCUGGUUUACAUGCUACGGCUUACAAAGGUAAUGAUACAGUGAUGGUAGGAGAUGGAGCUUAUCUCCCUUUUACUCAUGUUGGAUCCACCAUCAUCUCUUCUGCUAAAGAAAGUGGUGUCAAAGGGUUCUUGUAAAGCAUGACUCUAUGUGAUGGAGAAUCAAGCGUUUGUGGCUCUCUACUCCAACCGUCAGUGUGCAGCGACAGAAGAUGUUUUGCAUCAUAGACUUGGACACUCAAACUUGAAGAUUCUCCAGCAACUUCAAAACAUCAAGGCAAUACAAGUGAAUAAGAGCAUCACUUCCCCAGUUUGUGAGGCUUGCCAGAUGGGGAAAAGUUCUAGAUUACCGUUUUUAGAUUCUGAUUCUCGUGUUUUACAACCCUUAGAUCGAGUCCAUUGUGAUCUCUGGGGUCCCUCACCAGUUGUAUCAAAUCAAGGAUUCAAAUACUAUGCAGUUUUUAUUGAUGAUUUCUCAAGAUAUUCUUGGUUCUACCCCUUGCAUCACAAAUCAGACUUUGCUUCAGUCU